UGUGUCACUGAUUGCGCGACAUGCCGGGCUGGCUGAGUUUGCACCUGCUUGCGGUGUUCGCAACUCUCUGGAGUCUGAAAGUGAACGCGUUGCACCUGCAUGGGCUUGCCGCGAGCUCGCUGGGCGUUCACCGAGUCCAACUGUUUGCCCGUGCACCAGUGGAAGGCUCCACACACGCGCAUGUUGUGCUUCUGCACAUCUGGUUGAAGCAUGUUACUCCACCAGAUGCCGGAGGCGAGCCGCGUUUCAUGCUGCCCGGCCAGGUGCCGGCUGUGCACGCCCUGAUCUGGGUCGAGGUCCUUGAGCGGCUCAACCACACGGCCUGGGCCGGCGUGGCCCGCAUGGCCAUCGACCCAGACGCAUGGCAGCCCAAGCUGACGCUGGUGCUAGCGGAUGGGCGGGAGGUUGUGGGGGAGCGGGUGUACGCCGCCGCGCCCCAGGUCCUGUUUAACCAGGUGCAGCCUCUGGACGUCACCUUCACACUCCCGCCAGCGGAGCCGGCGCCAGCGGGCGGCGGCGCCCCCGGCGGCGAGCAUGGGCAGCGCUGCUUCAAGGUGUGGGAGGCCUCCUUCCCCGACCACCGCGCGCCCUUCUGCCUGCCGCCCUCCUCCGCCGCCCUGUGCCACCGCCUGGCGCCGGCCGCCGCCUACACGCCCGACCGGCCCGCGCUGUGGUCCGUGCUCAUCCCCCUCCGCAGCAUGGGCGCGCCCUGGGGCACACACGUCAGCCGCACCACCGUGCGGCUGCACCACCACCUGGCAUAUCUGCGGGAGGUGGGGGCGGCGGGGGCGCUGCUGUACACGGACCCGCUCAUGCGACAGGCGCUGGAGGCUGAGGCGGCGGUGCAGCGCUUCCUGCGGGAGGGCAGGCUGAUGUUCGUGACGUGGGACAUGAUGGAGCGCCGCGACUAUAUGUGGGACCAUCACAUGGUGUACGGGCACGCGGCGCUGGGGUUGGCGGGCUGCGGCACCAACCUGUGGCUACAGCUGUCCGACUUGGACGAAAUGUUGUUCAGUGUGUACGACAGCACGUGGCCGCGCGUGUACAGCUGUCUGGUGGAGUCGGCCGUCAACAGGACUGCUGUGCGCUCCAGCUCCAGUCGUGAUGGCGCCCCCGCGCCCGCCGUGUUCCGGCUGUACCGGGUGGACGUGCUGUCCAGCCGGGUGGCCCCCGAGGACGAGGCCGCGCUGUGGUACACCGCCCCCGCCGCCGCAGCAGCAGCUGGGCGGCCGCCGCCGCACCCCUUGGACUCGUACGACAGGAUUUCCAAGACGCCGUUGUGGACGGGCAAGAUGCUCGCCUGCCCCGCCGCGCGGGUGGUGGACUCCUGGGCACACGACGCGCGCGCCCUGCUGGGCAGCUGGCACGUGGCUAACAGCAGCUGCGCCUUCAUCCUGCAUGUCAAAAACUACUGGCGGCCACGUGCCUACUACAACGCGAGCGAGUUCGAGCCGUUUCGAUUCCUGGCGCUCCGGACGAAGGCGGCGGCUGGGGCGGCACGCAGCGGUCAGGGCGCCGAGCCGCGCAACCAUGCAGAUUGAGGGACGGCGCUUGCACGGCACCUGCUGCCGCGGCUAGCCACAUGCGGCUGCGAGUUCAGCAGGAACGUGCGCAAGAGUGGCUGUUAUCAAUAAAACUAAGGCAGCAGCAGUGCCAGCUUGCCUGGUGUUGGGAACUGCGCCGCCCUGCGACCGGAGCUCGCCAAAGGAGUACAGGAAGAUGAGUGCGCGUGUUGGGCGUGCAGACUACUGCGUGAUGCCGGCUGAUGCGUACGCGUGCGCGGCGGCACAUGCAACACACCAGUCGUGGUGUGGGCGGGCUGCAGCCAAACCGUGCAGUCCCCCGCUCCCCACGCUGCGGCGCCUUCAGGCCGCGCGUCCACCUGGCGGUGUCGCCACAUGACACACGACGCCUGUGCGCAUCGCCGCUGCGCCCUCGCGCAGCCGCACAUACAGCCCCACGGCUUGCCGGCCGCGGUCUGGCAUCAACAUGACCGGCAUGGGAAGGAGGCGGCCUCAUCACCAACGGCACCUGACAAGAGGUGGCGUGUCCCCGAAACCGAAACAGCCCAUCAUGGCUGCAUGAAAGGCUGGAUGGGCGGGGAGUAGCUAGCGCGUGGGAGCAGUCCAGGGCUUGGGCCCAGGCGUUGCGGCCACAAUCCAAUUCCCAGGUAUAACACACACAACGGGAGUCGACGCGCCCCCUCGCUAGGGCAGUGCUACUUGGCGGCACACGGCCUGCUUAAGUCGUUAGAGCCUGGGUACGCUAGUCCUGACCGCAUCACCCGCCACCCUGCCUCGCUUGCGUGCUUCAGGCAGCGGUCCUGGGAGGCCAUGCCACUCCAGAGUGCUUGGUUGUGGACUGUUUACGAAGUGCUUGCGAGUGAAUGCGAAUGCAAGACGCCGUCGCGAGCUCCAGGCUAGCAAUAAACAUCACGAAAGAAGUUAGUGUCAGCGGCAAUGCGGUUACUUGUUACCUUCGAGACGAGACACCGGGACCGGCCCACGCACGGUGCAGCGGGGCCGGCCGGGUGGGGGAACCGUGCUGACAGCUGAGUGGGCGGCGGGCGGAGGGCUGGCCGAGCUCGGUGCGUGUCCACGGCAUGUACCCGAAACCGCUGAAAAGCCAAACCAAGAAACAAAUUCUCCAGAACCAAAUAACCAAGGUGUAAGACGACGACGACCCGUCCGCGCAGUGCUGCAAUCGCGUGCAUGCGGCCGCGUGAAUGCUCAGGCUGCACCCGCAAGCGGGAGGCUCGUUUGAACUGAGCCAGCCAGCAGCGCAUGGAUAGGGGCGUGGAGUGGUGGCAGCAUGAGAGGCGUGGUGUAAACACGCGUUAUGUAUGGAGUAAUGGAGCAUCAGUGCCAGGGCGGCGACGUCCCGGAGUUGUGAGGCGAAUUCCCAGCGGCCCAGCCUGGUAAAUGCGCCAGAUGUGGGGAGUAAUGAGGCCCAACAAUGAAGUAGUGAACAGUCCUAAACAGUCCAGUGCGCAUGUAUGGCACGGGGAAUGGGAAGAGCGAGGUUUGAGCUGUGUGCGCUGCUGCCCGCUCCGGGCCGAGAUCGUUGCGAUCGGGUUGUGUACCCAAGUAUGUGUACCCCUGGUGUGCGAGUCUAACAGGCGCGAUGGCGCUAGCUCCACGCUUCAAGCCUUGCGCAGUCCUUGGUCCUUGCUAGUCUGUACAGUCUGCACCAUCGAUUUUAAAGUGUGGUGUGAACUGCAAGAACGUACCACUCAAACCU